AUGGCGUUUGGCUGUUUUGGGGGCCCUUGUCUGGGCAAGGGGGCUGUGUCAAGAGAGCGGACAACAGCAUCUGGAGCAAAAAGAUACAAUGGGAAGAUUGCUGCAGGCAGCAAGACAGAGUCUGCAAUCUCUGAGGAAUCUGUCGCUCAAGGUCCUCUGUAUGAGCAGCCUGCACCUCAGGGAAGGAGGUCAGGCGGCACUUCAGAGGAGAGCCCUGCAAGCCAACUGGAAGACAUGAAGACGCUACCAGACCAGCUGCAAGCAGAUGGACGCUCUGGCAGAUUAGGGACACAGCAAGGCCUUGAUCUACAAUCCAAUCAAGCAACGGCAGCAACCACUGAUCCAGCAGCGAGUCAGGUCACCGAGGAGACGGCAACCACUGCACGCAUUCCCAUGGGGGCGAGCAAGUCAGGCGGUACUCUUGAGGAGAGACACUCGAGCCAACAGGAAUGGACAGGUACCAUGUCCAACCAAGCAGUGGCAGCAACUGCUUCAGCAGCGAGUCAGGUCCCCGAAGGGGUGCCAACCAACGCGCGCACUCGUUUUGACAUCGACAAUAAGGGAGAGCCGGACCUGCCACCUACGAGUAGCUCCAAGCCCGCUGCAGGAGCGCCUGCGGCCAAAGCUGAGGCGCCAAGCCAGGGAGCGGUUAUUAGAAGCUCCAGCGACGAAGGGAGUGAGGCGAUACCCAAUGAAGGGGGAGAAGGGGCAAGAAGGAUUCCUGCAAAGAUUAUUCCUGAGCCAAAAAGACAACUCGAAGCAAUCGACGUGGUCAGCCUCUCUGAGAAUCUGCAAGAUGGCGCCACAUGGAUGAAAGAAUUUGCAACAGGCUUGUCCGUCAAGCCUGAAGCUCUCAGAAACUCAAUCCUGGCUGCGCUAGGUAAUAUAGUCGGUGGUGCUGUGGACGUGGGGGAGGCGCUCCCCUAUGUGGGGGCUGCCUUCAAAAUCCUCAACCUGAUCAUAAGCGUCGUCAAAAAAGAGGAGGAACUGGAUGCAAGCGUAAAGGAGCUCCAAAAAGUGGCCCAAGUCAUGGUGGAAAAUCUGAGGGAGACAUCGAUCGUGCAUGAGGUGCUCGAGCAGCAUGUGAAGAAACUUUUCGAGGCGCUCUGCAAGGCCUCCGCUCUCGUGAAAGCUUACGACGGAAUGACCAAGCGUCAAUGGAUUUGGAGACGUGUCAUGACACGCGGUAGCGACAACAACCUGGUUAUAACGCUGAUUCAGGAGAUAAAAGAUGCAUGGGACGGUUUGGCACGGAUGGCGAGCGUGCAAGUUUUGGCAAAAUUGGCAAGUUUACCAGAAGUGAGUUUUGUGCCGGACCCACUCGAGGAAGAGCUUCGCGCGGAGCUAACACCGGCAAACCUGGACAAGCUUAAGAAGAACGACAAGGAGUACAUGGGGAACAUGAUGAGGCGCCUUCCGCCUACGUUGCAGAUCGAGUUGAAGCUGAUCGAGGGGUUGAUAGCGUCGAGGGACAAUACGCCUGCACCCCCUGAUUCGGCCGUUUGCAAGGAGCCCGAUGAGCAGAAACUAAAGAGCAACCGCGAGUCCCUCGUUGGCGCAGACUGGCGGAAGCGUUUGGAGAGCGUAGAAACUGAAAUAGCGGAAGGGCAGAGCUCGCUGAUAAUGGUCUACGGACGAUCGGGCUCCGGCAUGACCACGUUUUGUGAGCAAGUCAGGGGAAGCACGAAGGUACGAGGCCGAUUCUCCUCCUGGAGGAAUGUCUACUACCUCAAAGGCAUCGGGCAAGUUGAAACGAAAGAUGACCAAGUGCAAGUCAACGACCACUGCCGGGAGUUGCUUUGGCAAUUGUAUGAGAGGCUUCAAGAGGAAGCGGGGCGUAAAGCUGACAAGACGCAGUUUCUCGGCGCCAGCCUUCGGGUCCAACAAAGGUGGAUAGAAGACCACUUAAGGGAGCUGGAUAUCCUGCUGAUACUAGACGGUGUCGUCUAUGAUAAGCAAGAGAAGGAGGCCUUUGAUCUGAAGACUUUUGACCAGACGGGGAGCGUCUUAUUCUCCAUGCUCCUGUCGACGUUCAAGCUGAAAGAAAGCAAAUCAGACGGUCCUCAUAAGGAAUUGUCAAGCAUCCUGGACGGGAUUGUGAAGGCCUUGACUCCUUGUCUGCCGGCUAGGGUAGAGAGGAUUGGGAGGAGGCUGCAAGGAACGGUCGACAAGAAACGGUGGCAGGCGGAGCUGCAAAAGCUCAAGGACCAGAAAGCACACGAAGACAAGUUCCGGGACGCCUUUGACUUGCUCAAGUCCGUGCCUAGCGGACUGCAUGGGGAGCGUCUUCAGACAUUGUUCCUUCUGGUGGCGGCACUUCCGGCUGUGGCGGACCCUUUGGUAGCGGAUGCGGAGUCCUUUCUGCAAGCGUGGGCCGCCUCGUGGGACCUCGAGCUUGAGGACGCUGAAAGGGACAUCGACGAGCUGAGGCAGCGAAAGCUUCUCUUCCGCGGGGGACAGGGGAGAAAGAGACUGAGUGUAACCCCUCUGCCCGAAAUCAUUUCUGAUGGAGAAGAAACGGACGGGGAAGAAGAAGUGGACGGAGAGCAAACUGGGGGCGCUCCUUCUUUUGGGUACGGUCUCGAAGAAGGGUACCGAGACAAACCUUGA